AUGUCGUCGGAGUGUGGAGAAUCGAAUUACGCAGAGUCCUACGUGUCAGACUGGGAUGAGAUUGAAUUCGUUUGCGAUGAAACCAUCUUCGAGAAGCCCCGUGGAGAACGUCGUUGGCUCGGAAAAGAGCAUCAUCGAGGAAAGGAACGCCUUCAUAAAUCAGUGAAGGAUAGGACCUUUAUUGAGAAGACUAUCGAAUCGACAUCACAAUUGAAUAAGAAAACUACUGAUAGAAUUCUGAACAGCACAGCUGACAAUCUGAAGUUCAAUGUAGUGUAUUCAAUGGAUAAGAAGAAUCGUUGGAAUGAUUCUACCACAAUUACUCUUCUGGGAGGAGUCGCUGAAAAUCUGAAUGCUGAAGUCGUGGAGAAGAAUGCGUUAGAACAGUAUGGAUUUAUGUAUCCCAGCAAGUCUACAUUCGCGGUUCACUCUAGAAAACUCACGGAAACAGAUGCACCAGGAGAAUUUCAAAUCAGAAGUGCAAAGUCUUUAUCCAGAAAAGGACAAGACUAUUCUAAUUUCCUACCGAAAAGCCGUGAGUUCAGUAAGAAGGCAAAUGCUAAAAUGUUCCGGGACGAAAAGGAGAAUGAAGAAGAACAACAACCUACAAUAACCUACAACAUCUACAAAACUCAUCAAAGUUUAGAAGUUGUUGGAAGUGAGUUGUUCAAGGCGAAGGUUGUUUCGAAGUCAGGACGUCAUCGUUUGAAUAAGAAAUUUGAUAUUGAAAUUUACGAUGAUGAAGAUUAUUCCGAAGAAGAAGAGGAUUUGGACAACUUUCCUUCCUACCGUCAAGCCAAUAAUGUCUUGAAUCUAACCGAUUUCAUGGUACACAACAAAAGUAAGCAGCUUCCUCGUGUCAAAAGAAAUAACAGCGAAGCAUCAUACGAGAUCGUUGAUCAUCCUGAAAACGAAUAUUGCCAACAAUUCAACAUUCAACAGUACUUGAACCAAGAAGGAUACACUUUCAUGGAGUCUGUAAUUACAUUCAGCAAUCAAAAUGCUCUCUUUGAAGAUCAAAUCAACCAACUUCGAGAUGAGAAAGAUCUAAAAAUCAAGGAUCUUCGACCGAAGCAAUACUUGAUUGACGUUUCCAAGAGGUGCCAAAUGGAAGGAGCGAAGAAAGAUGGAGAGACGACUACUGUAAUGGUUUUCACUCACCUGAAACAGAAUACUUACAAUGUUCUUCUCAACUCCACCCUCGUCAGCCACCCAGAAAACAGAAGUUCAGAACAUUUGAAGAAGUUGAUUUCCAGCACAGCAACUAUUCUAGAUGCGAUUACUCGAGUUUGUGGAGAACUCUUCCAGAGUCGAAGCAUUGCUGAUAAAAUCCGAACAUCUGGAAAGUACUAUGAGGAGAAGAACAUCAACAAACUUCUGAAUGACACCUUCACGUGGGAUAUGGAAAUGAAGAAAAUGCAGAAUAUCAAUUGGCCAAAUCAACAUUACCAUGCAACAUGGGCUAACACUCAACAAUUGAGUCAAGUUGGUGGAAGACUGGAAUGGGAUGAUUUGUGCGAAAUGGUGAAAAAGGAAAAUCGAGUGAAAACUUGUUACACAUUCGAAGAGAAUUGCGGCGAAUGUAGUCGGAAGAUGAUGUCCCAUCAGCUGUUUCUAGUGGAGAAUGAGUCUAAGGUUAAAUGCACGGAUUGCUUGAGAGCAGAGUUCUAUAGAGAGUUCAUGGCUCAACGUCUUCCAAUUGAUCUUCAUACUGAUACUGCAGAGGAACUGGAAUAUCUUCCAACAUUCAUCCCGCUUCAAAUUCUGAAUCUUUACGUUCGAGAUACAGGGAAAUAUCAACAUCAAAAUCGUUCGUGUCCAUGUGGAUACUCUUGGUGCAAGGAUUGCAAAAACAUUCCUCAUUGGCCAAUGAACUGCGUGGAUUAUGCUGAAUGGGAGAAGAAGUGGCUCUUGAGAUAUUCCAUGAUGCACGCCCAAGGGUCUGGAACCGAAUCACUUCUUCAAAUCACCUGCUGUUGCGGAAAAGCCAUCUAUAACGUACUUCUUCCUGCUGGCCAGUUCAUCACUUGCCCGAGUUGUAAAACCACAGUAAACACUGAAACCAUGAAUGCCGUUCACAAGCAAUCUUACUGGCCAUUCAGCGCAAGAUAUCGUGAAAGAUAUAGGCGUAAUUGGCAGUAUAAUGAGAACACCGACUCUCACAAAUACGAACCAUUGGCCAAAAUUCAUACUGAAAUCGCAAAAGUUCCUGCCAUCAAAACUUCGGUUAUGGAAAUUUGUGGAGCAGCAAGAGAUGUUCGAUUCAAUCUGAAAUUCCGAAACCAUGUUCUCAGCCGUGAGCAGUUUUUGAUUAGAAAGAAUAUUCUCGACGCUGAAGUUGUGGAAAACCUAUUUGGAACAUCUGCCUAUCUAGCUGAAACUGUUACUGCAUGGAUGCAUAUGAGCAAUCAAAACGAUCGAGCUGUGAGGAUUGGACUGGAAUUGAUUAUGGAACAUCGGAAAGUUCUCGCUGCGUUAUUGGAUGGAGAGGAUAAGGACGCAAUUCUGCAAUGCAUCGUCACACUGAAAAAAGAAAUUGAUUCCGUUGUUCUGAUGGUUGAGAAGAAGAUCAGAGAAGCUUCCUAA